AAGGAUUUUGAUUCUAUAUUUGUAUCUCGAAAACGUGUAAAUAAGUACAAAAAUCAACCAAAACUCAACAUAAAUCCUACUGAUAACAACUUCGAACAAAGUGUUGAUAAGCCUUCUGAAUUUUCUGAAUAUAUCACUGAAAAAGACAAUAUUUCAGAUUACGAAACAUUUGAGAAUUAUGCACCACCCGAUUAUGAGCUACCAGAUUUAGGAUCAACAAUUGAUAACUAA